AUGGCGGCUACAUUUCCGCCGGAGAUUGGUUCGGGAUCGGUUGCGGCGUCGCUUUACGUCGGGGAUUUACAUCCUUCCGUUACCGAAGGUAUACUCUACGACGCGUUUUCCGAGUACAAGAGCUUAACUUCUGUUCGUCUUUGUAAAGACGUCUCCACUGGUCGUUCUCUCUGUUAUGGCUACGCUAACUUUCUCUCGCGUGACGACGCUAACCUUGCCAUUGAGGAAAAGAAUCACAGUAUGUUGAAUGGGAAAAUGAUUCGAGUAAUGUGGUCAGUUCGAGAACCUGAUGCUAGGAAAAAUGGGGCUGGAAAUGUCUUCGUUAAGAAUUUGCCUGAUUCUAUCAACAAUGCGGGCCUGCAAGAUAUGUUCAAGAAAUUUGGGAACAUUGUUUCCUGUAAGGUUGCAACUUUUGAAGAUGGAAAGAGCCGGGGUUAUGGUUUUGUUCAAUAUGAGCAACAAGACGCUGCACAUGCUGCUAUUGAGAAUCUGAAUGGUACCAUUGUUGCUGACAAGGAGAUCUAUGUUGGAAAAUUCAUGAGAAAGACUGAUCGAGGGAUUCCAGAAGUGAAGUACACAAACUUGUACAUGAAGAAUCUGGAUGCAGAUGUCAGUGAGGAUCUUCUAAGGGAGAAGUUCUCGGAGUUUGGGAAAAUUGUUAGCCUAGCAAUUGCAAAGGAUGAAAACGGAUUAUGUAAAGGAUUUGCCUUUGUCAACUUCGACAACCCAGAGGAUGCAAAAAGGGCAACAGAAGCAUUGAAUGGAACACAAUUUGGUUCAAAGCGCCUGUAUGUUGGAAGGGCUCAGAAGAAGGCAGAACGGGAGCUACUGCUUAAGGAACAAUUUGAAAAGAAAAGCACAGAACAGAAGAUGAUUGCUAAGGUGUCAAACAUAUAUGUGAAAAACAUUGCUGUUGGUGUUACUGAGGAGGAGCUGAGAGAACAAUUCAGUCAAUGUGGCACAAUCACUUCUGCAAAGAUAAUGUGUGAUGAGACAGGAAUAAGCAAGGGCUUUGGAUUUGUGUGUUUCUCAACACCCGAAGAAGCUAUUAAUGCUGUGAAAAUCUUGAACGGAAAUAUGUUUCAUGGAAAACCACUAUACGUGGCAAUUGCUCAAAGAAAAGAGGAUAGGAAAAUGCAGUUACAGGUGCAGUUUGGCAAGCGUGCGGAAGCAGGAGGAAGCAGUUCUUCAGCUUCUGUCAUUCCAGGGAUAUACCCUCCAUUCUACUACGCGAAUCCUCAAUCCGGGAUGGUAUAUCAAUCAGCAAAUCUAGCGCCGAUGUGGAACUCUACUAACCUGAUCAAUUCAUCAAACCCCACCUUUCAAGCACUCACAUAUCCUCCUAUGGUGGUUGGUAAUGCGAAUAAGCAGAACAACAGGGGAAGACUUAAUGGGAAUGCUGAUUCGUAUGUGCCAAAUGUGUAUCAGUCUACUCAAAUGCUUCCUUUGUCAAGAGACUUUUCGAACCAGCAGAACAACAAAUUCUAUGGUCGUGGAAAAGAAAUGAAGAAAGGAAUCCGAAGAGGAAAAUCUGAAACACUUAGUACCGUGCCUGUUCGUGGACCACUUGAGAUACAGAAGCAGAUGCUCGGAGAGCAGCUCUAUCCUUUUGUAGAGAAACUCCAGCCCCAACUUGCUGCCAAGAUUACAGGGAUGCUUGUGGAAAUGGACAAGUCGGAGCUGCUUCUUUUGCUGAAAUCACCACAACACUUAACUGCUAGAGUCGACGAAGCGUUAGAGGUUCUCAGGUCAUCAAAGAAAAAUGUGGCCGUUCCAAAAACUGUUAACCCUGAUCAGCGUUUCGGUUAA